AUGGAGGUCAGAUCUAGCUCGGGGCCUGGCCCCUCUGAGGUGCUGACGGUGCCUGCCGGCGACUCUGCAGAGAUUCACAACUGGAGUGAACUGCUCUACUUCUUCAAUCACACUUUGCCCGAGUGCCACAUGGAGUUCAGCGAGAGCACCAAGCGUGUGGUCCUCUUUGUCCUCUACCUGGCCAUAUUUGUGGUUGGGCUGGUGGAGAAUCUCGUGGUGAUAUGUGUCAACUGGCGUUGCUCAGGCCAAGUGGGGCUGUUGAAUCUCUACCUCCUCAACAUGGCUGUAGCAGACUUGGGCAUUGUCCUCUCCCUGCCUGUGUGGAUGCUGGAGGUCACGCUAGACUAUACCUGGCUCUGGGGCAGCUUCUCUUGUCGCUUCGUUCACUAUUUCUACUUUGCCAACAUGUACAGCAGUAUCUUCUUCCUGGUGUGCCUCAGUGUUGACCGCUACAUCACCCUCACCAAUGCCUCACCCUACUGGCAGCACCACCAGCACCAAGGGCGGCGGGUCCUGUGUGCAGGCGUCUGGGUCCUCUCCGCCAUCAUCCCUCUGCCUGAGGUGGUCCACAUCCAGCUGGUGGAAGGUUCCGAGCCCAUGUGCCUAUUCAUGGCACCCUUUGAAAGCUACAACACAUGGGCCCUGGUGGUGGCCCUGUCAACCACUGUGCUGGGCUUUCUGCUCCCCUUCCCUCUGAUCACUGUCUUCAACGUGCUGACGGCCUGCCAGCUCCGGCGGACAGGACAGACUGAGGGCCGGCGCCACUGUCUGCUGGUGUGUGCCUACAUAGCCGUCUUUGCCAUCUGUUGGCUGCCCUACCAUGUGACCCUGCUCUUGUUCACACUGCACUCAACCCAUAUUUCCUUACACUGCUACCUGGCCCACCUGCUCUACUUCUUCUACGAUGUGAUCGACUGCUUCUCCAUGCUUCACUGUGUCAUCAACCCCAUCCUUUACAACUUUCUUAACCCAAGCUUCAAGGGCAGACUCCUGAGUGCUGUGGUCCAUUACCUUCCCAAGGAUCCAGCCAGGACGGGUAGACGGGGUUCCUCCUCCUCCUCCUCCACUCAGCAUUCCAUCAUCAUCACCAAGGAGGGCAUGCAGCCCACCUCUGCAGGCCCCCACACCACACCCACAAGCCUGAACUUUCAAGCAGCCUCUUUGCCUCCAAAUACCUCUCCUGUCUCCACACCUCAGUAUCUUCUGUCCAGCCAGAGGUGA